AAUGAUAAACUUAUUUUCUGUUCAGCCGUCAUAUUUGUUUAAAGGGAGAAAGCCGUAGAAAUGGAAUUAUGAAUGUAUUUUGGUUAAAUAAUUGACUGGAAUGCAAAAAUUAAAAAGCACUUUGGUGAAAUAUGUUAAUUAAGCAAGAACAGAAGUAUCCAUGUUUGAGUAUAAUUUUUUAUUUCUUUGAAAAGAGGAGGGA